GAUCAGUAAAGAUCACAGUUACCUAACUAAUCGUAACACAGAAAAACAAAAAAAAAAUACAAUGUCCACGCUCGAAGACGAAGUGAUAUUUCGCAAGAGAACGGAACUCAAUCAAAAUCUAGAAGCGAAAUUUAACAGCAGCUCCACCGAGUUCAUUUUGAUCACCGAUCAUCGCACCUCCAAAUACAAGAGUCUCGAGCAGCUGGAAGCAGCCAAGCAGGUCCAGGAUUCAAGCGAAUCCUGUUGCAGUCGCUAUGGCAGCAAUAUUUGUCGCAUGAAAACAUUGAAGAAACGUUUACCCAUACUCAGCUGGUUGCCCAAAUAUAGUCGCAGCGAUGCCUUUGGCGAUCUUAUUGCAGGCCUCACCGUGGGCCUAACGGUCAUUCCCCAGGGUCUGGCCUACUCGGGUGUUGUGGGUUUGCCACCGCAGUACGGUUUGUAUGGCUCCUUUAUGGGUUGUUUUAUGUAUGUGUUGCUGGGCACCUGCAAGGAUUGCACGAUUGGCAGCACAGCGGUUGCCUCACUGAUGACCUACCAGUUUGCCCGGGGCUCCUGGCAACGAUCGGUGCUGCUCACAUUUCUCACUGGCUUCAUUGAGAUACUGAUGGCCGCCUUCAAACUGGGCUCCCUGGUCGAGUUUGUGUCGGGACCGGUGAGUGCAGGAUUCACCAGUGCCGUGGCCCUAAUCGUGUGCACCUCACAGAUGAAAUACAUUUUGGGCGUGAACAGUGAUGGCGCGUCCUUUUUGCAACGCUGGAUAAGUAUGAUUAAGGAUAUAGACAAUAUACGCAUAUCGGAUAGCUAUUUGGGCAUUGCCUGUGUGAUCCUGCUGCUAAUUAUGCGUUGGCUGGGCAGACAGCGCAUUGGUCCCAAGGAUCAGAAGGAAUGCAAUGGCUUUCAGCGUGCCAUUAAUGGUCUCAUUCGAUUUGUGGGCAUAUCGAGGAAUGCAACUGUUGUGAUUGGAGCAACGAUAAUGGCCAUGCAACUGGAAGCAAAUGGCACAAAUCCAUUCCGACUCACUGGCUAUAUACCGCCUGGCAUGCCAUCGCUAGCAUUACCACCCUUCUCCGUGGAGCCGCAGCCUGGCAACGCAACCGCAGGAAUUCCGGCCGUGCCCGGCGAGACUUUCUUGGAGAUGGUGCAGAGCCUGGGCUAUGGUUUAAUUAUAGUACCAAUUAUUGCACUGCUGGAGAGCGCAUCCGUUUGCAAGGCCUUUGCCAAGGGCAAACAAAUUGACAUGACCCAAGAGCUGUUUGCGACGGGCGUUGCCAACAUUGCCAACUCGCUUUUCAGUGGCUAUCGCUGCAAUAGUGGACUCGCUCGCUCGGCCAUCAAUAAUGCGAGUGGUUGCCGCACCAGCAUGUCCAAUUUCUACAUUGGUCUCGUCGUCGUCUUGGCUCUCAGCUUCGUCACCGAAUACUUCAGUUUCAUACCCAGAGCGGUGCUCGCUGCGAUUCUCAUAUCAGCGGUCAUAUUUCAAGUGCAGUAUCAGAUUAUUGUACCCAUGUGGCGCAGCAAACGUUCGGAUCUGGUGCCUGGCAUACUGGCUUUUAUUACGUGUCUGGUGCUGCCUCUAGAGAUUGGCAUUAUGGUGGCGAUUGCAGCUAAUCAGUUAUUUAUCCUGUACCACUCGGCAAGGCCGAAGGUUACGCUGGAACAGCUGGAGACUGAGCAGGGCAUUCAGUUUGUGAAGAUUACACCCGAUCGUUGCCUGAUCUUUCCAUCCGUGGAAUUUGUGCGCAACCUGGUGCUCAAGUCGGGCAGCAAGACCACACUACCAGUUGUUAUUGACUGCACCUAUAUUUAUGCAGCUGACUUUACCGCCGCCAAAGUUAUCUCCUCGAUGGUUGAUGAUUUUCGCCGUCGGCAGCAAAAAAUUAUAUUCUUCAACCUUAAGCCCAGUGUGGUCAGCAUUUUCGAGGGACUGCACACCCGACUGGUGUUGUGCUAUAAUAUGCACGCCCUCAACCAGGAACUCAGUGCUGAUGGCGACUUGUCGAGAUCCGUUAACUCCUUAGACGAGGUCGAGAAGAGCGUUGGCACCGAUUGCACAAGCACCGCCAGCACAUUAUCCUUGGCCAGGAGCUAAGUGCUCAACCUAUGCAUUUAUAUACACUCAUCUAUAUUAUAUGUAUUUAAAUAUAAAAAUAAAUU